UUAAGCCCUGUGACUUUCCAGAAAUAAAACAUGGAAGCUUACAUGGGGAAGAAACAUAUAGACCAUACUUCCCAGUAGCAGUAGGAAAAUGGUUUUACUAUUCCUGUGAUGACAACUAUGUGACUCCUUCACAAAGCAAGUGGGAAUAUAUAACUUGCACACGAGAUGGCUGGACCCCGGAAGUGCCCUGCCGCAGUAUAUGCAAUUUCAAUGAUUUGGAAAACGGACAUGAUCCAAAAUCUGAACAAACAUAUUUUCAGGUAAUCAUCUUCUUUAGCCAUGCGAUAUUCCUCAAAGCAUGUGAAUACCUGACUUAUUCUCGAAGAACCCUCAUUUCCGAAGGGCCUGAAAUCCCAAUUCAAAAACAUGAUAGAUCCAUGUUUAUUCCUCUUUAUUCAGAUCUCUCCUGUGGCAGCCCUCCCUCAGUGCAAAAUGCCUCUAUUCCAAACAAGAUGAGCAGGUACCAACAUGGGGACACAGCACGUUAUGAAUGCAGACACUCUUUGGUCCUCGUAGGGAAUGGAGAAGUGACAUGCUUAAGUGGGAAUUGGACAGACCCACCUGAGUGCAAGGAGCCCAAAGGAAAAUGUGGGCCCCCUCCUGUUAUUGACAAUGGAGACAUUACCACGUACCCAUUAGCGGUCUACGCUCCCGGGUCCUCAGUGGAGUAUCAAUGCCAGGCCUACUAUGAACUUGAGGGAAACAGGAGAAUAACGUGCCGUGAUGGACAGUGGUCUGAGCCACCCAAAUGCUUAGAUGCAUGUGUAAUAUCAGAAGAAAUCAUGAAAGAACAUAACAUACAGUUGAAAUAUUCAGAUGCGAAAAAAAUUUAUUCCAGAUCAAAUGAUUUUGUUGAAUUUGUGUGUCGACCUCAGUAUACUAAAGUGUCACCAGCAUCUGCAUUCCGAGUACAAUGUCGAGAAGGAAAAAUGGAGUAUCCCACCUGUGCACCACACUCGGUAACGGCUCAUGAAGCAGAUUUAAGCCCCAAACAGCAGCGCUGGACUCUCUGUGCUAACACCCCCGGGGAGCCCGCCAUGCUGUUACUAGUCACGGUCAUCCUCACCCUGUGGGUCUCCUGGGCUCGUGGACAAGGAAUAUGCAUUUUCAAUUAUUUGGAAAAUGGGCAUCGUCCACGAUAUGAACUAAAAUAUUUGCAGGGCACAUCUGUACAUGUUCAUUGCUAUCCUGGCUACAUGCUUCCAAACAAGCAGACCUCAAUGACCUGUACAGAGAAUGGCUGGCUCCCUCCUCCCAGAUGCAUCCGUGUUGAAACAUGUUUAAAUUCAAAGGUAAAAAUUGAGAAUGGAUUUAUUGCUGAGCCUGAACCUACAUAUCUCUUAAAUCAAAGAGUAAAAUUUAAGUGCAAACAAGAUUAUGUCACAGAAGAUGGUCACACAUCCGGAUAUAUUACGUGUCUCCAGAAUGGAUGGUCAGCUCAACCCAGAUGCAUUAAAUCUUGUGGUGUGCCAGUAUUUGAGAAUGCCAGAGCCAGAAGUGAUGGCACGUGGUUUAAGGUCAAUGACAGGUUGGCCUAUGAAUGCCAGGAUGGAUAUAAAAACCGAGACGGACACACCGUAGGCUCCAUAGUGUGUGGUGACAAUGGUUGGUCUGAUACACCCGCCUGUCAGGGUAAGUACUGAUUUCCAGGAUCAUCGGAAUCAACAAAAUGUGUGUAAAGCGUAUCAUUGUUUUGUUAUCCUAAAUGCAACCAUUUCUAUUCUGUGAACUUAGAUACUCGUGACCCAGGUGAUGUGUUUUACAACUUCCUGGGCAG